GUUAAGCACCCAGAUAAAGUAAUCCGCCGUCAACAACCUGAGUCUGGUGGUUAACUGCGCUCCGGUGGGGUUCAUUUAAUGGAUAUUUGAACGUCAACUCUGGGGAGGGCCAGAGGAUCGUCUCAUUUGACAAGUAGUAUGACAAUGCUUUUCCUAAGUGGAUAUCACAGAACGUUGUACUUUAUAUUCAAGUAAGAUUAUGAAGAUUAUACAGAUAAUGCUUACAUUCAAUGCAUUUGUUUGCCUUUCGGUAAUACUGACACAAGUAACGUACCGUUAUCUUGCUCUAACGUUUGGCAUAGCACUGUUUAGACAUAUUUUAAACAGCGUGUAUUUUGACAGGAUCAUUGUGCUGUAGUAGUCUGUUGUUUGAUAUUCAGUGUGCCGCUUUUCUUUAUGCGGCUUUCAAUACAAUCGGCUCGGUGGCUCGCUUUAUCCACAAAGAGUCCCUGAGUAAACUGCAGUGACAGAGCCUGCGGCUCAUCUUGGGUAUCAAUAGAACUGCAUCGUUUUACUGGGCCACUGGACCCAUCUCAUAAAAUGAGGCCAAACUGUGUUAUUUUCAUUUGUAUUUGGUCUUGGGCUGCUGCGCAACGGAGCACCGUGGGUACACCGUGCGUCCCAUCUCUCUUUACAUGCUUUUAUUUGGAAAUGAAAAAUAAGCGCCAGCUCCGGCAUAAACACAUUGGCACACAGAUCUCGUUUCUGCGAGCUCCGGUUGGUUAGGCACACCGUCAUAUGCACAUGCGUGUGCCUGUCAGAGAGGGGGCGGGCGCAACUCGGUGACGUGGAGCUGUGGAGAGAGGCACAGCUGAAAUGAAGAGAGAGCAGUGUAGUGUAUGCCUCUGGAUCUAAUAUCACCUACCUGUCCUUGUCACUCUGAUAGUCAGCCGAGGUAGCCACUGUUUCCUGCCGGAGCUAGUAUGGCAGCACUCAAUGGCCUAUUGUAAAGCAUUUUCCAGUUUUAACAGAAAGAAGGUUUUAUCUCAACCGCAAGAGGGACUGCUCUGGUGCGCGUUUUUUGGAGAAUCGAACAAAUUCCGCAGACGGACUUUCCGCUUAUCCUUGCUGUACUAGAGGGACUUACUCUGCUUUUGACAGCCAGUUUUGCGAUCUUCCGCCAAUGAACUCUAUGAGGGAUCCUUUAAACACUGACCAUCACCACCUCACAGGGAAUAAACUUGCCUCCACGCACCACACGGCUCUGGCGAUGGCCUCUACUUUACAGCCGCUGCAGCGGUCUGUGGACUCUAAACACCGGUUAGAGGUGCACACAGUGUCGGACACGUCCAGUCCGGAGUCUGUCGGUAAGAACCGCUUGGGGGGGGCAGAUGUUUGCAGCAAGGCGCCGCAGAUGUCAUCUCGAUAUCAAACAAAAGAAAAAGAAAAGAACCAAAAUAAAAACGACGACUCUUCAGAUGACCCAAAAAAGAAGCGGCAGCGGCGGCAGAGGACUCACUUUACCAGCCAGCAGCUGCAGGAGCUCGAGGCCACCUUCCAGCGGAAUCGCUACCCGGACAUGAGCACGAGGGAGGAGAUAGCCGUGUGGACCAACCUCACAGAGGCCCGGGUCAGGGUUUGGUUCAAGAACCGGCGAGCCAAGUGGAGGAAACGGGAAAGAAACCAACAAGCCGAGCUCUGCAAAAGCGGCUUCGGCCCGCAGUUCAAUGGACUCAUGCAGCCCUACGAAGACAUGUACCCGAGCUACACGUACAACAACUGGGCCGCCAAGGGCCUCACGUCGGCGUCUUUAUCUACCAAAAGCUUCCCUUUCUUCAACUCCAUGAAUGUCAACCCCCUAUCCUCGCAGAACAUGUUCUCGCCGCCCAACUCCAUAUCCUCCAUGACUUCCAGCAUGGUUCCUUCGGCGGUGACCGGAGUGCCGGGCUCCAGCCUCAACAGCCUGAAUAACUUGAACAACCUCAGUAACCCGUCCCUCAACUCGGGGGUGCCCACGUCGGCGUGCCCCUACGCGCCUCCGACCCCCCCUUAUGUGUACAGGGACACUUGUAACUCCAGCCUGGCCAGCCUGAGACUGAAAGCCAAGCAGCACUCGAGUUUUGGAUACGUGCAGAAUCCGGCCGCUAAUCUGAGCGCCUGCCAGUACGCCGUGGACAGACCAGUCUAAUACCUACCUGCACAGCAAACAAUGACCCCCUUCGCAAGUCAUUAUAGGUGUAGUGACGCUAUAAGUGUUGUUUUUCUCUAAAGGGAGUCUGGCAGUGAAAUAAUUGUACUUUUUACACGUGUUUCAGGACAUUUCUUGAUUUUUUUGGAUUGUGACUUGCAUUAUUCUCACUUUUUCCAUCAAGUUGUUGCCACUUGUUUCUUGAACAUCCCCACACUCCUUAAAGAAACAAGUGAGACUAUUCCAUCCGUUUAUUUUUUGGGGAACGCAUUAGAUUUUUAGGGUGAUUACAAUACCUAUUGGUUUGUUAUGGGGGUCAUUUUUUGCAGUGUGUGGGUAAUCACAAACAGCCGGCCACAGGAACAAGAGACUACUACAACUACUUUUUCAUUUUUCAAAAAAGGGCACUAGAAGACUGAACCACUGAAACAAGUUAAACUCCAGGUCGGAGUCAAAACUGAAACGGGAGAUUUUAGGUUUAUUCCCCUUUGAUGAGUCCAGGCCUGCUUCAAACUGCACCACAGUAAACAAAAGGCCUGUUUUAUUCUUCAUAGCUCUUCGUGAGGGGUUUUUUUCUGGUGGAUUUUGGACGUUUAUUGUUGACUGAAAAGGUUGUAUAUAUAUUUGAAUUAUCAUCUCCUGUUUGUUGAAGCGAAUGCGCUAUAACCCUCCAGUCCUCUCCAGGUUCAAUUUAUCAACGCAUGUGAAAAAAAAAAAAAAUCCUAAAAAGGAAUCAUGUUUUGCUUGCAAACAAAAAGGGAAUGUACAUACUAAAACGCACCAGUUGUGUGUUUCUAACAUAUUAUAAAUUUAUUAUUAAUGUCUGUGUGAAUAUCGACUUAGAAUAGCAAUUCUGGAUAAAAAAAAAAGAAGCAUCAAAAAUGUUCCUGCGACAAAAUUAUUUGUUUUUUUGCUCUGUGUAUACUAUUUGGUACGGAAUUAUGUUUUUUUUUUUUCAACAUCCAAAAAAACGAUUGUGUUUUAUUUAAUGGAAGUAAAUAUAUUGUUCAAAAACAUUCUGAUGUUAUUGAAUCUUUGUGUUGGUAGUCUGUUAGUGGAGUGUAAAGCAAUGACAGUCUGUCUAUAGCCUUUCGAUUAUGUGAGGUGCUUGUGCGGCUAAUCUAUAGAGGAAAACAAUAGCCGCUCCAAUACACAUAGCAGCGAGAUGCUCCGUCAGAUUAACUGCUGAAUACAUGUCUGCCUGCCCAGCCAAACUGGGCACUGGUGCUUGAAAUAACACGGGAAUCAACAAACAGGAGGGAGACCACACAAUGGCGACAACAGUCCAUUAGGGUUUGUUAUUUCUUCCAGUGUUUGAACUCAGGAGAGAUUGUAGUUCCCUUAAGGGGAUUAUUAUGGAAACGUUCACAAUAAACAGCUUUAAAUAAA